AUGCGCUGCGUGCCUUCAGCCGGCGCAGCCCUGGUGCUGUGCGCCGCCACUGCCGGUCUGCUGAGCGCACAGGGCCGCCCUGCACCGCCCGAACCGCCGCGCUUCGCGUCCUGGGACGAGAUGAACGUGCUGGCUCACGGGCUGUUGCAGCUCGGUCACGGGCUCCGCGAGCACGUGGAGCGCACCCGAGGGCAGCUGGGCGCUCUCGAGCGGCGCCUGGGUGCGUGCGGAGCCUCCUGUGGUUUGGCCUUGGAGACCAUUGAGCCCUCGCAUGCUCCUGCGAGCCCAAGCCCCAGCGAUGAGGCCGCACCCGGAGCCCUGCGCAGCCUGCAGAUGCAGCUCAAAGCUCAGAACAGCAGGAUCGAGCAGCUCUUUCAGAAAAUAACUCAGCAGCAACAACAUCUGGAGAAGCAGCGCUUGAAGAUCCAAAAUCUGCAGAACCAGGUGAGCCGUUUGACUUCCACACACCUGGAUCAUGAGAUGAUUAAACCUGCCAGGGGAAAGAGGCUCCCCAAGAUGGCGCAGCACAUGGCCCCUGCUCACAAUGCCAGCCGCUUGCACAGACUGCCCAGAGAUUGCCAGGAGCUCUUUGAAGAGGGUGAGCGGCAGAGUGGACUGUUCCAAAUCCAGCCACAGGGGUCCCCACCGUUUCUGGUCAACUGCCAGAUGACCUCAGAUGGAGGCUGGACAGUGAUCCAGAGGCGCCAGGAUGGCUCUGUGGACUUUGACCGAUCAUGGGAAGCUUACAAGGCAGGCUUUGGGGACCCCCAAGGUGAGUUCUGGCUGGGCCUGGAGAAGGUGCACCGCAUCACAGGGGGCCACGGUGGGCGCCUAGCCGUGCAGUUGCAGGACUGGGAAGGCAACGCUGAGUCUCUGCAGUUCCCCGUCCAGCUGGGCGGUGAGGACACAGCGUACACUCUACAGCUCACAGCGCCUGUGGCCAGCAAACUGGGCGCCACUGCUAUUGCACCCAGCGGCCUCUCCCUGCCCUUCUCCACUUGGGACCAGGACCACGACCUCCGCGGGGACAAGAACUGUGCCAAGACCCUCUCCGGUGGCUGGUGGUUCGGUACCUGCAGCCACUCCAAUCUCAACGGCCAUUACUUUCACUCUAUCCCACGGCAAAGGCAGGAGCGGAAAAAGGGCAUCUUCUGGAAGACCUGGCGGGGCCGCUACUACCCACUGCAGGCCACCACCAUCCUGAUCCAGCCCGCAGCUGCCUCCUAG